AAUCCAGUUAUUUUUCCCUCUUUUUUUUUGUUCAAAUUUGGAUAAAACCAAAAAUAUCAGAAUUUGUAUUUGGCCGGGCUUGCCAAAUACAAGCUGGGCUCUCAGGCUUGGACAGAAGAUCUCACUGCCCUUUUAGAUUUCCAGGCCUUUAGGCCUGCUCGACAAAAACGGUAAAACUGUUUUAAGGUUUGGUACAGUGAAUUGCCAACAACAUAUGCGUGGACAGGGCUUGUCUGCUUCCUAAAGGCUCAAGGCAUGUAACUCCAGAUCCGAACUGAACAACCUUAAGCGGGCACUAAACGAAGCCGAAAAUGGCACUGCAAAUUGUGAAACUUCCCUUUAUCUCACGCUGUUGCGAUAGCGGUAACUCCACUUUGUUUUUCCUAUUGAAAUCUUACUCUCCUCUUCACGGAAGAUUGGUCAAAGCUCAUAUGCAUAGUCCCUUUAGAAGCUUUGCUGUUGCCAAGUCAGAAAAACUUAAAAUACCAAAAAAGAAGAAAAGGCUGGAUGAGAUAUGUCUUGAAAGGUUCCAGCAGUACAGCCGAUCUUUCAUACAGUCAUGGAUUUUACAAGGCAAAGUGUAUGUGAAUGGAAAGAUGGUAAACAAAGCUGGAACACCUGUCUCUGACAAGGCUGUUAUAGAAAUUACGGCUGAAAUUCCAAAAUAUGUAUGUAGAGCUGGAUAUAAGUUAGAAGCUGCUAUUGAACAGCUUGGUGUUGAAGUGACUGGCAAAGUAGCCCUUGAUUCUGGGUUGUCCACUGGAGGAUUUACCGAUUGCCUGCUUCAGUAUGGUGCAUCAUAUGUUUAUGGAGUUGAUGUAGGUUAUGGACAGGUAGCAGACAAGAUUCGUCGAGAUGUACGUGUUUGUGUGAUAGAACGAACAAAUUUAAGAUACCUUUCUGGUCUCCCUCAAAAAGUUGAUUUGGUGACACUGGACCUUUCAUUUAUUUCUAUUCUCUUGGUUAUGCCUGCUGUGAUAAAUGCAAUGAAGGAAGAGGCAACUUUGGUUACACUGGUUAAACCUCAGUUUGAAGCUCGUAGGUCACAAGUAGGAAGUGGUGGGAUAGUGAGAGAUCCUAAAGUUCAUCAGGAGGUACUCGAAAAGAUCAUAAAGGGUGUAGAGAACUUUGGAUUUCAAAGCAAAGGUUGGAUAGAGUCUCCUCUAAAGGGUGCUGAGGGUAAUACUGAAUUUCUGGUUUGCUUCAGUCGGACUUAUGAGAAAAGUUAUGAAUAGUUUAUUGUAGAAGGAAUGAGCUGGAUAUCCAUCCUUUAUUUGAAUUUGAGAAUACCCAAUGUGACAUUGUGCCUCGUUGUGAACCCUGCAUCAUCAAGAGUAAAGCCAUGGAAGAUUUUAUGUGCAGGAUAGUUUCAUUACCACAUGGGAGUCGCAUUGCUUUGAAAUUUUUUUCGCCCAGUUGUGUUCUGCUUUUAAAAUGAAAUCAAUCCACUGCUAGCUUCUUUAUAUUCUGCUCUUUUAACCCACGAUAAUAUGCAUUAAGAAAGACUUGUAAUUAUUCAAUUUUCAAACGCAUCUAAGAUGUAACAUGUCUUUUAUAUGUAGAAGAAAGAAACGUGUAAAAUUUUCAUGGAUGAGAGUUUCUUGUGCAUUGUAAU